AUGGCUUCCAGCCAGCUCGAGCGGCCCGGCGGCCGGCCGGCCGACCCCGCCGCCCUGAUGGCCUCCCUGCAGCUCCUGCCCUCGCCCGCCCUCAGCCUGGAGAUCAAGCACACCCAGAUUUUUAUCAACAACGAGUGGCAAAAUUCGGAGAGCGGGAAAGUUUUCCCCGUGUACAACCCGGCCACGGGAGAGCAGAUCUGUGAGGUGCAGGAGGCGGACAAGCCGGAUGCUGACAAAGCCGUGGCGGCUGCCCGCCUGGCCUUCGCGCUGGGCUCGGUGUGGAGGCGGAUGGAUGCCUCCGAAAGGGGCCGCUUCUUGGACCGGCUGGCGGACCUGGUGGAGAGAGACCGGACCCUCCUGGCUACCAUGGAGUCGCUGAACACCGGGAAGCCCUUCCUGCAGGCUUUCUAUGUGGACCUGCAAGGCGUCAUCAAGACACUGCGGUACUACGCUGGCUGGGCAGACAAGAUCCACGGGGCCACCAUUCCUGUGGAUGGGGACUAUUUCACCUUCACCAGACAUGAGCCAGUCGGGGUGUGCGGACAGAUCAUCCCGUGGAAUUUCCCGCUCUUGAUGUUUGCAUGGAAGAUCGCACCGGCUCUCUGCUGUGGCAACACUGUGAUCAUCAAGCCGGCCGAGCAGACCCCGCUCACGGCGCUCUACAUGGGCACCCUCAUCAAGGAGGCUGGGUUUCCGCCAGGAGUGGUCAACAUUUUGCCAGGGUUUGGGCCGACCGCAGGCGCGGCGAUCGCUUCUCACACGGGCAUAGAUAAGAUUGCGUUCACUGGAUCCACCGAGGUUGGUAAGCUGAUCCAAGAAGCAGCAGGAAGGAGUAACUUGAAGAGGGUGACUCUGGAGCUGGGCGGGAAGAGCCCCAACAUUAUUUUCGCAGACGCAGAUUUGGACGAUGCCGUGGAGCAGGCCCACCAAGGGGUCUUCUUCAACCAAGGGCAGUGCUGCACCGCCGGCUCGCGGGUCUACGUGGAGGAGUCGAUCUAUGAGGAGUUUGUCCGCAGGAGCGUCGAGCGGGCCAAGAGGAGAGCUGUAGGGAGCCCUUUCGACCCAGCCACGGAGCAAGGGCCGCAGAUCGAUAAGAAGCAGUACAACAAGAUCCUGGAACUGAUCCAGAGCGGCAUUGCCGAAGGGGCCCGGCUGGAGUGUGGGGGCAAAGGCCUGGGCCGGAAGGGCUUCUUCAUCGAGCCCACCGUCUUCUCCGACGUGACCGAUGACAUGCGCAUUGCCAAGGAAGAGAUCUUUGGGCCUGUCCAAGAAAUUAUGCGGUUCAAGACCAUAGAUGAAGUGAUCGAACGGGCGAACAAUUCCGACUUCGGACUGGUGGCCGCUGUCUUCACCAACGACCUCAACAAGGCCCUGACCGUCUCUGCGGCGAUGCAAGCGGGCACCGUCUGGAUCAAUUGCUACAACGCCUUAAAUGCCCAGAGUCCUUUUGGAGGGUUCAAAAUGUCUGGCAACGGGAGAGAAAUGGGUGAGUGCGGACUGCGGGAAUAUUCCGAAGUGAAGACGGUGACGAUAAAGAUUCCUCAAAAGAACUCGUAAGGAGAAAGGCGAGGAGUCCCGGGCAACCGCGUGACCCUUGGGAUUCCUUC